AUGAAGCUAAGUUUACUGGUUGGUAUAGCCUCUGUUUCAACGUCGGUCAUUGCAAAGAACAUUGCACCAGGGGUACAUGGUUUCAACUUUGAUGUUACACGAGGUGAUACAUAUGAAGAUUCUCACAAGGAUAAACGAACAAGAUUAGUGAAAAGAGCUUCCCCAGAUGGUACUGUUGAGACUACGUUAGAAAAUCAAAGAAGUUUUUACUCGGUGGAGAUUGGUAUUGGUGAUCAUGAUGAAAACGUUACGGUAUUGAUGGAUACAGGUUCCUCUGAUCUUUGGGUUACCGGAUCAAAUAAUCCAUUUUGUUCAUCAGGCUCAUCUUCAUCUUCGGGUUCUUCAUCCUCAGGGAGUAGUCAUCGUCGUCCUGUUAUAAAUAAUGCUGAGCAAGAUGAUACAAAUAAAGAUUCAGAUUUCGGAUCAACUCAACCUUUUGGAACUGCAUCUCAAACUGGUCGAGAAACUCAAACUCAAGUUUCUUCAUCUCAAGCCACUAUAGAUUGUUCAGAGUAUGGUACUUUUGAUGUUGACUCUUCUUCAACUUUCCAUUCAAAUGAUACUGAAUUCUAUAUCGUUUAUGGUGAUAGUUCUUAUGCUUAUGGUACUUGGGGUUAUGAUGAUGUUACCGUUGGUGGUACAAAAGUUGGAAAUUUAUCAUUUGCAGUGGCUAAUCAAACAAACUCCACUGUUGGUGUUUUGGGUAUUGGUCUUGAAGGUUUAGAAACAACUUAUUCAGGUUCCACUGCAGCUAAUGGUGGUGGAUACACGUAUUCUAAUUUCCCUGCUAAAUUGGUUGAUGAUGGUUUGAUUCAUAAACGUGUUUAUUCAUUGUUUUUAGAUUCAAGUAAUGCUAGAAGUGGUACUAUUUUAUUUGGUGGUGUGGAUCAUGCUAAAUAUAAUGGAAGUUUAUUAACUGUUCCAUUAGUUAACACAUUAGCCUCUCGUGGUUAUGACCAAAUUAUUAAAUUGGAGAUUACAUUAUCAGGUGUUGGUUUACAAGAUGUUUCAUCUGCAAAUAUUGAUGAAAGAACUAUAACAACAACUAAAUACCCAGCUUUAUUAGAUUCAGGUACCACAUUAACUUAUUUACCAAGUGAUUUGAUUAGAAGUAUUGCCAAUGCAUUGGGUGCUGAAUAUUCAAGAUCAACUGGUUAUUACAUUACAAGUUGUUUUAGUGGAUCUAAUUCAGGUUAUCUUGUUUAUGAUUUCCAAGGUAAAUUGAUUCGUGUUCCAUUAUCAGAUAUAGUUUUACAAACAACUUCAAGUUCAUCUUGUGUUUUGGGAUUAUUCUCAUCUGGUGAUAAUUCAAUCAUUUUAGGUGAUUCAUUUUUACGUUCAGCUUAUGUUGUUUAUGAUUUAGAUGAUUUAGAAAUUUCAUUAGCACAGGCCCAAUAUUCUGAUGAAGAAGAUAUUGAAGUUGUUACAAGUACAAUUCCAUCAGCUUCACGUAUUGCAGAUUAUAGCAACACUUGGUCACAAUACCAAAGUGCAACUAAUUCAGGAAACAUUUUCACAAAUACUGAUGAUUCAGAAGCUGCAGCCACUUCGAAUGGUGGUGACACACCAAGAUCUAGUCAAAAUGCCAGUGGUGGUAGUUCAAGAAGCUCAUCAUCUUCAAGAGCAAGUUCUAGUUCUUCAGGGUCAAACCAAAGAUCAAGCAGUGCUUCAACUUUGAAUAUUUCGAUUGUCAGUGUUUUCUUGAUGUCGUUCUUUGUUGGUACAGGAUUGGCUUGUUUGUGA